AUGUCAGACGAAAACUUUACAGAGUCAAGGCCGCCAAGUUACGGUAGUAUAGGUUCAACUUCAGCUGAACAUUACAAGUGGGAUAUUUUAAUAUUAGGAGCGACGGGGUGGUGUGCCGUAUUCCUCGUGAGAAAACCCACAUUUUUUAUAUUUUCAAAAUUAAUCAGUUUGAAAGUAUCUACGAGCUCGAUUUUAACUUUAUUUUUUAUCGGGUUUAUCGAAGAACUCGUUAGAAUGGGUUGGUUGUAUUAUUUUGUGGGCGAAGUAGAUAAAUUUUUAAUGGCAUAUUGGUUAGGUUUAGGUUGGGCGACGGGUGAGGCGAUAUUCUUUAUUAUACAAAAUUUUAUAGAGCUCAGGUGGUAUAGAGACGAUUUAGAAAUGGAUGGGAGUAGAUAUGUUGAGGAAAGGAGUGAAAUAGAAGAGAUUUUGGGAAGACCCUUGACCAAAAUUUCCGCUUGGUGGGGUGUAAUGUGGAGAUUUUCUUGGAUAAUGAUUCACAUUGGUUUUAGUUGCUGGAUUGCUUCCAUCUCUUUGUUGGUUUAUCCCGCCGCUUUAAUUCAUGGUUUACUUCUUGUCGUUUGGGGGUAUUGUUUACCUUCCUUCGGCAUUCCCGCUACAAGUUACGGAACCUUGCUUAUUUCCAUGACCAUCUUCUUAAUCGGUUUGGCGUUAUUUGGUCAAAUAGUAUAA